AUGGGGUGCGGGCAGUCCAAGGAGGACGCGGACGGCGCCGUGGAGCGGUGCCGGGAGCGGAAGAACCUGCUGCGGGCGGCCGUGGAGGCGCGGCACGCGCUCUCGGGGGCGCACGCGGGCCACGCGGCCGCGCUCCGGAACGUCGGCGCCGCGCUCUCCGACUACGCCAGCGGCGAGGCGCACGAGGGCGCGCUGCGCCACUCCGCCUCGGCCGCCGCGGUCCUGUCCUCCGCCGGGGGCUCCGGCGCCGAGGCGGCCGCGCUCGCGCUCCCGCCGCCCCCGCCCCCGCCGGGCCCCCCCGAGGACGCCCCGUCGCUCGUCAGGUCCAUGAGCGCGCCCGACCUGCCGCUCCCGCCGGCGAUCAAGAAGAAGCCCUCCGGCGAGGCGCCCAUCAUGGAGGAGGAGGAGGAGGAUGAAGGUGAGGACGCGCGGCCUCCGGAGCCGGAGGACGAUGGCCAGCUCCAGCCCCCGCCACCGCCGCCACCGCCUCCGACGCAGCUGCCCGCGCCCACGCGUCCCCCGCCCUCCCUGCCGCAGGACACGAGGCGCAAGGGGGAUUCCUGGAGCGAGAUCAUUUUCGGGUCCCCGGACGGCUUAACCGUCCCGCCACCCACUCUGGCACCCAGCGCAGCCACCGCCGCCUCGUGGGCAGCCGAGCGGGCGGAGGCCCCCGCGCCGCCGCCGCCUCCCCCCGAGCCAGAGGAACAGCCUCUGCGUCCACCGCCAGCGCCGCCCGCGGCCGCCGAGGACGUGGCCAAGGGCAAGAAGCCGAUGGUCGAAGCCGUGGCGCGGAGGGCGGUGACACAGAAGGCCGCGAGGAGGCCGGAGGGCAAGAAAGGCAGGACGGUGGUGAUGGCAGCGCCGGAGGCGGCGAGGCUCGGCGACAUCCUUCGCGACCUCGACGAUCAUUUCCUCAAGGCAUCGGACAGCGCACACGAGGUGUCCAAGAUGCUGGAGGCGGCGCGGAUGCACUACCACUCCAACUUCGCCGAAACGCGAGGAUUUGUCGAUCAUUCUGCUAGAGUGAUGCAAGUUAUCACAUGGAACCGCUCAUUUAAAGGGAUACCACAACCGGAACAGGUGAAGAAUGAGUUAGACGACGCCGAAGGCGAAACACACGCCACCGUUCUCGAGAAGCUGCUUGCAUGGGAGAAAAAACUAUCCCAUGAAGUGAAGGAGUUUGAGGUUAUCAAAAUGGAAUAUCAACAAAAGCUAGCUUCUCUGAACAAGAAGAAGCAGCGUGGGGUCAGUUCUUCAUCAUUUGAGAGGACUAAAUCUGCUGCUAGUCACUUGCAUACAAGAUAUGUUGUCGAUUUGCAAACAAUGGAGUCCACGAUUGCAGAGAUUAACCGGCUGAGAGAUCAACAACUAUACCCAAAACUUCUUGAGCUUGUGAAGGGGAUGGGGCACAUGUGGGACACAAUGUACAAGAACCACAAAGCACAGUUCAAGAUCAUCUCCGAGCUCAAAUCGUUCGAUAUCUCGGUUGCGGCACGGGAAACAAGCGAACAGCACAACGAAAGGACUGUGCAGCUAUGGCAGGUCGUUCAGGAGUGGCACGCGCAGUACAGCAAGUUCAUGGCGUCUCAGAAGGAGUACGUCGGAAACCUCUACAGCUGGAUCAAGCUGAAUGUGAUCCCCAUUGAUACCAACCUGAAGUCCAACUCGUCGCAACCAGUCGAGACGACGCCUCCCAUCAAGAGGCUUCUCCAUGCUUGGCACGAUAUCCUCGCGAAGCUCCCCGACGAGGAUGCUAGGAAGGCCAUACACACAUUUUCGGAGGUGGUGCACAUAAUCCUGGUGCACCAGGACGAGGAAAUAAAGCUGAGGCAAAGGAUUCAGGACACAAGGAAGGAGCAUGAGAGGAAGAGCAGACAGUUCGAGGAUUGGGCUCAGAAGUACAUGGAGAAGAGAGCAGGGAUUCCUCCCGAGGCCGGCAAUCCCGACGGGACACGCGCCGACCCGCUCGCGGAGCGGAAGGCAGCCAUGGAGAAGCUGGAGAAUUCGCUGAAAGAACUGGAGGAGGCAUACACGAAGCAAUGCAAGGUGGUGAGGGAGAAAUCCCUGAGCCUCCUACGGACAAACCUGCCCGAGCUGUUCCGCAUCGUGUCGGAAUUCUCCCUCCAGUCGGCGGCCAUGUUCAAGGGUCUGUGGUCGAUCUCGAACACGAAUGACCAGCUGGAUGAUUGA